AUGUCUGUGAAGACUUUAAACACUUCUUUCUAUCUAUCUAACUAUCUAUCUAUCUAUCUAUCUAUCUAUCUAUCUAUCUAUCUAUCUAUCUAUCUAUCUCAGUCUAUUCAAUAUCUAUCUAUCUAUCUAUCUAUCUAUCUAUCUAUCUAUCUAUCUAUCUCAGUCUAUUCAAUAUCUAUCUAUCUGAGUCUAUUCAAUAUCUAUCUAUCUAUCUAUCUCAGUUUAUUCAAUAUCUAUCUAUCUAUCUAUCUAUCUAUCUAUCUAUCUAUCUCAGUCUAUUCAAUAUCUAUCUAUCUGAGUCUAUUCAAUAUCUAUCUAUCUAUCUAUCUAUCUAUCUAUCUAUCUAUCUAUCUAUCUCAGUCUAUUCAAUAUCUAUCUAUCUAUCUAUCUAUCUAUCUAUCUAUCUUUCUUAAACCAACCUUAACCGAGACUGUAGUUAUAUACGGCUUCAAACGGAAACAUCUGGUUGCCGAAAAAGUGCCACUUGAUCCCCUUUUUCAUAUAUGUCUUUAUUAUUUACUACCCCUUCGCUGA